AAAACAAAAAUGCAAAUUCAGACUAGGCAUGUCUUGGUGGUGGUGGUGGUAAUAAUGGUGGUUAUGAGCUCUUUCACUGUGGAGGGAGGGAGAGGGAUAUACACAAAAGAUCAGAGGCUUCACCAUGUUCAGAAGGACAGAUCCGUCAUUCCAUCAGCAAGAGGAGUAGACAACCACCAUAACAUUCCAAGACAAAACUUUGACAAUUGGGGUGGCAACGGAGGAGGAGGCAGUGGUGGAGGUGGUGGUGGUGGAGACGAUGGAACAGGUUAGAAUCAGCAACACGAAAGACAAGAUAUGACUCGAGACAAAGGAGCUCCUAAAACGUGUACUUGUGUGUAUAUGUAAAGACUGAUGUGAUGUGAUGAAUUGGUUAUUGGCCUAUGUUUUGUGCUUUUUGUGAUGUAUCCUAAGUAUAUAUAUAUGCUUUUGAUAAGACUUGUGGUAUGCAUCAUGUGAUGAAUGAAUGGUAUGUAUUUUU